GGCUAUUUUUUUGGCAUUUUUAGCGCAGUUUUGUCUUUUGUGUCGGUUAUUCACUUGUUCGAUGGGGUGGUUUACUGUUUGAUCAGUUGGGACGUGGGCCUCCCCAAGCGGGCCCCUAUUGAUUCAAACCUACUGAAGUUGUUGAUCCCCGUUGCUGUAUGCCAUGCAGUAGGCCAUGUAACUAGCAAUGUCUCCUUUGCAGCUGUUGCCGUCUCUUUCACCCACACAAUCAAAGGUGAUCAAUGACAUUACAUAAAUCUCUUCAACGUUCUGUCUCCAGGUUCAGUUCACUACUUCUAAUCUGGCUCAUGAAGUCAUAACUUGUUUGUUUUUUCAGCUCUUGAGCCUUUCUUCAAUGCUGCUGCUUCCCAGUUCGUACUUGGACAAUCCAUACCAAUUACGCUAUGGCUGUCUCUUGCUCCCGUUGUUAUUGGUUAUUUCUCUAUUCUCUGUUUGAUCACCAGCUCAUUCGAAAUAGUUCAAAUGUAAAUUGUAUUCUCUUAAUGGGCUCCAGCUCUAAUUGUGCAGAUAAACAAACUAUAAAACUCUGCUAUGAUAUUGGCAUAUUGCACUUGAAUUGUUAAUGUGCCACCAUGUUUGGGUAUCAUUUAAAAGAAAACUGAAUGCAGGUGUAUCCAUGGCAUCACUGACCGAGCUGUCAUUCAAUCUGAGGGGUUUCAUUAGCGCAAUGAUUUCUAACAUCUCCUUCACUUACAGGAGUAUCUAUUCCAAGAAAGCUAUGGUGACUUUCUUUGACACUCUUAACCUAAUUUCUUUUCGAAAGAAUCAAAUAGAGCUCCUCCUUUCCUCCUGGUCUUCACUUCCUGAUAAACAUUUUAUGAUAAUUGUUGGUUUUUCAUGUAUAUGCAGACCGAUAUGGACAGUACAAACGUCUAUGCUUAUAUUUCCAUCAUUGCUCUCUUCGUCUGUAUUCCCCCAGCCAUCAUUGCAAGUGAAAAAUGCUUUGAGGUUUUAGAUAAUUAAAAAACUAAAGCACAUAGUCUUUUUAAACCUUUUUUUCCCACCAGCCUGUUUCAGUUCGAGGGCCCUCAACUGAUCAAGCAUGGGUUCAAUGAUACUAUUGCUGAAGUUGGUAUGACUAAAUUCAUCUUGGAUCUCUUUUGGGUGGGAAUGUUUUACCAUCUCUACAAUCAGGUGCCUUAUCUUCUUUUUUUUCUUUUUUUUAUUGUUUAAGUUCUAUUCUUGUUGUUGAUGUAUGCUACUAUAAAUCUGUCCAAACAUGAUGGCUCUUGCCAUUGUACACAUGGAAGCUGAUGAAGAUUUUUGGUAUUCAGUUGGCUACCUGGAGCGGGUGGCACCACUUACCCAUGCAGUUGGCAAUGUGCUAGAACGUGUGUUUGUCAUUGACUUCUCAAUCCUGGUCUUUGGUAAGUUUAUAUCUUACACUCCUUUUUGAAGUAUUCUUUCCCUUCUAGUGUCAGCAUAUAAUGGCAACAUACUUCUUACAGGAAACAAGAUUUGAACACAAACAGGUACAGGAACAGC